GCGCAAUGCUAGUAGAGUACUUCUCAUCUCGAAACCCUUCGCUCCCGUCCAAAUAUCCCAUUCCUUAUUCAUAUCCAUUCCCUUUUCUCUCUGCAUCUAAAUUCGUAGCCGUCCAAACACCCCACUUGUGUCAGCCCUCUCUUGAUUUGUUCAAUAAGCCUGUCUCUCCCCCUUAUGAUUCCCAUUCUUUAUUUAUUUAUUUAUUUAUUUGUUAUCUUCUGUACGUUUCGUUCAUAUAAUAAUUUAUACCAACUCUAUUCCUCACCCCUCCAUAAACAAUCAGACAUAUUGCCGACCUCCUCCCUCUUUGCGCAUCCAUGUUGUAAGUGAUCCGUGCAUGUGCCUUUGUUAUAAAUGGACCCCCCCCCCCAGCCAUCUCUGUAUAAGUAUCCCAUCCUCCUUGUGACCUCCUUCCAAUCCUCGUACAUAUCUCUCUCAAUCAUGGCCUCUUCUGCUCCAUUCGCUACCACCUUCUUCUCUCUCCUUCUCCUUCGAUUCCUGUUAACAGGUUCGUAUUCUGCGACGUUCACCAUCGUAAACAAGUGCAGCUACCCGGUAUGGCCCGGCAUUCUGUCCGGCGCCGGAACUCCGCAGCUUUCCACGACCGGUUUCGUCCUCCAACCGGCUGAAUCCAACGCCAUCACCGCCCCCGCCGGCUGGUCCGGCCGCCUGUGGGGUCGGACCCUCUGCUCCCAGGACUCCACCGGCAAGUUCUCCUGCGUGACAGGGGACUGCGGCUCCUCCGGCGUGGAAUGCGGGGGAGGCGGCGCCGCCCCACCGGCCACGCUGGCGGAGUUCACACUGAACGGAGCGGGGGGGAUGGACUUCUACGACGUGAGCCUGGUGGACGGCUACAACCUUCCGAUGACGGUGGAGCCGCAGGGGGGCGCGGGCGGAGGGAACUGCACGUCGACGGGGUGCGUGGUGGAUCUGAACGGGCCAUGCCCGACGGAGUUGAAGGUGACGUACGGCGCGAGCGGAGGGGAGGAGGGGGUGGCGUGCAAGAGUGCGUGCGAGGCAUUCGGGGAGGCAGAGUACUGCUGCAGCGGAGAGUACGCGACUCCUCAAACGUGCAAGCCGAGCAGGUACUCGGAAUUCUUCAAGGCGGCGUGCCCACGUGCUUACAGCUACGCGUACGACGACGGGACGAGCACCUUCACCUGCUCGUCCGCCAAUUACGUGGUCACAUUCUGCGCCGGCCCCACCACAAGUGUGAUGAAGGCGGGGAAGGAGAAAUACGCAGAGGCAGCGGACGUAGCAGGCGGCGAAGGAGUGAGGUGGAGGAUGGAGUGGGCUCUGGUUGGAGGGAUGGCAGUAUUUGGGAUGUUGAUGAGUUAGCCUCAUUAUUGUUUGUUGGUGGCUGCUUGCACGAAUUAGGUGGCCUGUGCUCUUCAACUUAGCUGGGAGGGGCACUCUCACUCCCCGGCAGUGGCAACAGGGACGGUUGUUGAGGGAAGAAUGAAGGUGGCGUUUUCGAUCAUUUUAGGCCGCACCGCCCUCACUGCUGACCAAACGCAAGUUGGAGUGGGCCGCACAGAUCCGUGCAUAUAUUAAGUAAGGAGAUGUUGCUUGUUGCUAAUAUUCCCGAUGUGAUGUUGUGCGGGCGGACAUAUUCCUUUCAUAUUUUGAGUCCAUUCCAAUCUCAAUGCUCUUUCGCUCCGACACGAUCUACUACCUGCUCUCUUCGGAACCGCAUAUUGCUCUUCAUUUAAUUAGCUUCUCUUCUUGAUUAGGUCAUUCAUCAUCUGCUGCGUUUAUUUAUCUGUAAGUAUUCAACUGCCAUAUAUUUUAUGUGUGAAAUGGGUCAACUCUCAACGUCACCGUCCUUCACACACGCAACCCAUACACUUCGCCCCGCCAUAAUAAUCUUGUGGUUGCGAACUUAAAGCAUUCCCUUUUUUUUUUAUUUUAUAUUCGUCAUUCUCAUUAUUCCAUACAAAAUCAUUGACGUCGCCUUUCAAGGAUGGCGUCACUAUAAAUAAUGCUGAUCUUGACGAUCGUGUACUGAAUAAAUAUGUCUCUUGGCUUAUA